CAUAAAAUUCAAUUAAAUUCAAAUAAAAUAGGAAAAAAAAAAUAAUUGAGGGAGGAAUAUCUUAACAUGUCCAGGGUAGAUUCCUUGUAUUGAAUUGAUGGAGCCUGGAAAGUGGAAAUAUAAAUAUAUAAAACUCCUCAAAUCUAUCUUGUUCUCGUUAAAUCAGUUAAAUUUUGAACUUUGAAGUUUUCCAUUACCUUUCUUCUCCAAUGGAUUUCCCCAUCUUUUCUAGUUUCUGAAAUUAAUUUGGGGCUUUAAAAAUGUUAUCCAUUAUUUGAAGUUUUCUUCUAGAAACUUCUCGACCGAGUGAAAAUAUAACCCAAAAUUCUGAAACCUUCUUUUGCAAUCAAUGAAGAAAUUCCGUGUGUUCUGUACAGACCCAGAUGCUACAGACUCAUCAUCAAGCGAUGAAGAUGAGAAAAUCAAAGAAAACCCCCUUAAAAAGAAGCGUUUUCUUCGGGAAAUUACCAUUAAAAAUGGCAGAAAAGCAUCGGAAAAACCCAUGGCUAAGGGUUCUCCGACUGCAAGGAUGCCAAAAAAGGCGGUCAAAUACCCGGGAGUUCGAUUGAGACCUUGGGGAAAGUAUGCUGCUGAAAUUCGACACCCAAUUGAUAAGGUAAGAAUUUGGUUAGGAACUUUUAAUACUGCUAAAGAAGCUUAUGAUGUUUAUUACUUAAAGAAACUUGAAUUUGAUGCUUUACGAAUGACUAGGAAGUCUAAUAAUAAUAAUAAUUCUGUUGAAUUACAAACUGAUAAUUUGCCAAUUUCUGAGGAGAAAACUGAUGUAAAAGAAGAAAUAGUUGAUGAAAAAAAGGGAGGUUUGCCUAUUUCUGAGGGGCAAACUGUUGUAAAAGAAGAGAUAGUUGAUGAAAAAGAGGUUGUAGUCAAGGAGAUUCCUGCUGGUGUAAUGAGGGUUAAAUCAGGGAAAUGGGGAGCUAGGGUUAGUCAUCCAAAAACAAGUGAUAGAAUUUGGUUGGGAACUUUUGAUACUGCUGAAGAGGCUAUUAGGGUUUGUAAGCAAAAAGAAGGUGAAUUUGAGGAUAAAUAUAAGGGUAAGGAGAGGAUGAGUAAUGAACCUUGUGAAGGAGAUUUUCAUGGUGUUAAAGGUUUAGAGAGUACAAAAGAAUGUUCAACUGUUAGGGUUUUGGGGGGUAGAAGGUGUGAAGCUCGAGUUUGGCACCCGAAAGUGAAAAAUUGUAGUUCGGUGGGUACGUUUAAAACUCGUAAACUGGCUCGGAUUGAUCGUUCUAGGAGACAUGAAUGUGGGUGUGGAAACAUCGAGGCACCUCGAGGUUUUGAUGGUCAGGAGAUUGUUGUGGGUUUGGCUGCUCCCGGCUUGUUUGAUGAUGGUGAUGAUGCAAAAAUGAAGUCUACAAAUUCUGAUCUUGUGAAGGAUACUAAAAGUGAAAAAACCGGAGGUGCUGAGUUUCGGGAAUGUGAAACCGGUAACACCAAUGAACCUCUAAACAAUGGGGUCGGUUUUAUCGAAAGAGAUGUUGUAUCUGGUUUGUCAACAAAGAUUAAAACUACAAAUUUGGGGUUUGUUAAGACAAUAAACAAUGAAGAAUCUGGAGAUGUAGAGUUGCCUACUGGUGUUAGCCCUGUUAGGAUGACAAAAUCAAGUAACUUCAGUGCUUGGAUCCCUCAUUCAGUAUCGGGGAUUGAACAUAUUGUGCAUUCUUACGAAACCCUUGAAAAGGAUGUGGGCAGUAUUAAAAUGACUCAUUUUGAGCAAUGUUUUAAGUCUAGGAAGAGGGUCAGACCUGAUGAUGAUGAUGAUGAAGUUACAGUUACUCCUAACAAGACUGAUUCCGAGGUUCUUUAUGGCUCUCCAACUUCAAUGUUAGAUGUUAAUUCGGAGGAUUAUGCAAUCACUUGGUCUGGGUUGAAGAGUGAAGUUGAACAUGGGGCAGUUCACGGCUUGCUCGCUUUAGUUUUUGAAAAAAAGAGAGUGAAAGGCGAGGAUUCCAUUGUUCAGCAAACCAAAGGAAGUGAUGGUAUUUCUGAGGCGCAGCUAAAGGUUGUUGUACCGUUCACUUUUGAUGAAGCCGUGAAGGUUGGCAUCGUGAACGAAUAAGGGCAACUUCUUACAUUGAACGAUUUCCUGUGUUUUCAUUUUAUUUCUCGCAGAAUAAGUUCUGGAGCCCUUACCAAGAUUAACGAAUGGCACGAUCUUAGGCGUUUGUGUCUGAUAAUGGAGACCGAUACUUGCUUGGCCUUUUGAUGCUAUAAGCUUUUGAUGUACAUAUGUUCUCGUAUUGAAGCUUUGUUGAAAUAGGAAUGUAGUAUAUUGCAAUGUUCGGUCUCUCUUUAACUGUGAAGUUUUUGGGUUAUGAACGGGCAUUGACCUUGAAAACUUUGUUCUUGUAAAUGAAUUGUAACUUGUUUUCGUUAAUGCUGCAAGCCUGCAACGCAAUAGUUCAAUCGA